GUUACAUUAUCGACUUUAUUCGUGUAAACAAAACGCAAUUUCUUGCUAUAUAUUUUAUUAAAUUAAGCAUAAAAAAUGAAUGCCCCGCCAACCUUUGAAUCAUUUUUGCUGUACGAGGGUGAAAAGAAAAUCAUCAAAGAAUUGGACACAAAAGUGACAAAUGCCGCUAUAUUUACCAUAAACAAAGAGGACCACACUCUGGGCAACAUGAUCCGCAAUCAACUUCUGAAGGACCCGAAUGUCUUGUUCGCCGGCUACAAAGUGCCUCAUCCCUUGGAGCACAAAUUUGUGAUACGUAUACAGACCACGGCGGAUUAUUCUCCGCAAGAGGCUUUCAUGAAUGCCAUUACCGAUCUGCUGGCUGAGCUUUCCCUCUUUGAAGAGCGAUUUAAAGAUGCCAUCAAGGAAAAGAAAGAAGGCGGCGACUAGUAAACGAACAAACACUUUCGUUUCCUUUUUUUCUUAAAAAUGUUUUUUAUUUGGACACUGAAAAUUACGAAACAAUUUAAAAUAUUUCAACUAGAUUCUAUAAAAUAAAUAAACAAUAAUUUUGAAAUAGGCAAAUGUCGCAAAAUCACAAUUUAAAACUUGAAA